UUAAUUGUUGCUUUUCAAUUCCAUUCCUUCUAUUUUCUUUAUCCAUAACCUCAAAACCCACGUUUUAGAAUCCCAUCUGUCUCUAUAUAUAUCAUCGUCGAUUCAUUGUUCAAACUCAGAUAUAACAAUUUAUUAAAUCUCCAUGGCUGCAGAAGCCAAUUCAUCAGACCCUUCUUCCUCAAAUCUCAGAAUCAUUGUUCAAAAUAGCCCUUCAGAUUCUCAGCUCAAUGAACUCGGCAUCAAAUCUUGGCCCAAGUGGGGUUGCUCACCGGGGAAGUAUCUGCUAAAAUUUGAUGCACAAGAGACGUGUUAUUUGUUACGAGGGAAAGUGAAAGUGCACUCGAAAAAUUCAUCGGAAGUGGUCGAAUUCGGAGCCGGAGAUCUCGUAGUUAUUCCAAAGGGUUUGAGUUGCACUUGGGAUGUAUCUGUUGCAGUUGACAAACACUACAAGUUCGAUGCAUCAUAAUUAUUGUUAAUUAAUUUGUAUAAUCCAGAUUAUUUUGAUAUAUUAUUCAUUUAACCUCUAUGCAGUACGUUCUUGAUUCAA